UUGUUAAAAACCCACUUCGUUCUUCUGCAAAAGUCCAGAACAACAAGAUCCUGUUUUUGCAACUGUAGCAAUGGCACCCAUCGAUCCUCAUUCCUUCAGCGAUUCCACCCAUCCAUUGGCCACCCACAGCUCCUUCUCCUUCUAUUUCGACUUCUCAUCCUCCACCAUCCACGCCUCGGCCCUUCUCUCCUUCCCUCCUCCACCCUACACGUGUCCCUUCAUCUCCCUCGACACCCGCUCCCUAUCCGUCCACUCCGUCCUGGACCCCACCACCCUCACCCCUCUCCCAUUCUCCCGCGACGACUACGACGAUCCCAUAAAAGGCCGCAAGCUCACCAUCACUCUUCCCGUCAACAGCGCCUCCUCUUUCUCAAUUCUCAUCACCUACUCAACCUCGCCUUCUUCCUCGGCUCUGCAAUGGCUUUCCCCGCCUCAGACUUUCAACAAACAUCUUCCGUUCGUUUACACCCAAUGCCAGUCCAUCCACGCUCGUUCUGUCUUUCCUUGCCAGGACACCCCUGCCGCCCGUCUCCGCUACUCCGCCCGUCUCAACGUUCCCCGCCAGCUCUCCGCAGUCAUGGCUGCCGCUCACCUCGGCCGGCGCCCACCUCUCCCCAACGAGUCCGCUGGUGCCUGUGACGAUGCCCUCUGGUGCGCUGAGGACCGCGCCGUCGAGGAGUUCUCAAUGGAGCAGCCCAUCCCCCCGUACCUGUUCGCCUUCGCCGUUGGGGAGAUUGGGUCGAGGGAGGUAGGCCCCAGGACUAGGGUUUACGCGGAGUUGGCGCCGGCGGUGCUGGAGGCUGCUGCGCGGGAGUUUGCUGGGACCGAGGAGAUGAUUCGGCAGGGUGAGAGAUUGUUUGGGCCGUACGAGUGGGGGCGGUUCGAUUUGCUGGUGCUGCCGCCAAGCUUCCCCUAUGGGGGCAUGGAGAAUCCUAGGAUGGUGUUCUUGACGCCGACGGUGAUUAAGGGGGAUGCAAGCGGUGCACAGGUUGUGGCGCACGAGCUUGCGCACAGCUGGACUGGGAAUCUCAUUACCAACAAGACCAAUGAGGAUUUCUGGCUCAACGAGGGCUUCACGACAUAUGCAGAACGGAGAAUCGUCGAAAUAGUGCAGGGUGAGGAGCGAGCAGCUCUAAAUAUUGGAAUUGGUUGGAGAGGCCUGAAUGAAGAAAUGGAGAGAUUCAAAGAUAACAUGGAGUUUACUAAGCUUAAAACCAAGCAGGAAGGGGUUGAUCCUGAUGAUGUCUACUCUCAGGUGCCGUAUGAGAAAGGAUUUCAGUUUCUAUGGCGCAUUGAACGGCAGAUUGGCCGGCCUGCAUUUGACGAGUUCCUUAAGAAAUAUAUUGCUGCCUUUAAGUUCCAAUCGAUAGAUACGGAAACUUUUCUCAGUUUCCUAAAAGCGAAUGUCGUUGGAAUAGAGAAAGAAAUUGAUCUAGAUGUCUGGAUCCAUGGCACUGGAAUCCCUCCAGAUGCCUUUGAACCAGUCUCUACCAUUUAUACUAAGAUCGUAUCUCUAGCGAAGGAGUUCAAGCUUGGGAGGAUGCCGAGAGAGGAUGAGGUAGCAGAAUGGCAAGGGCAGGAGUGGGAACUUUACUUGGAAAAUCUGCCCAAAACCAUGGAAGCUUCACAGGUUGUGGCUUUGAAUGCACGUUACAGGCUAUCAGAGAGCAAGGAUUGGGAGGUGAAAGUGGCAUUUCUCCAACUGGCUACAUCAUCCGGAUGCAGAGAAUUCUUUGGUGAAGUAGAGAAAACAUUAAAGGAGGUUGGAAGGAUGAAGUAUCUUCGUCCAUUGUAUACAGCGCUGGUACAAGGCCCUGGGAAAGAAGAAGCAAAGAUACUGGCCAAAAGAAUUUUUGCGGAGGCCUGCGACGGUUAUCAUCCCAUUGCUCAAGGUGUUGUAGAGUCCAUCCUAUCCAAGAACCUUUAGCCACACAAGUAAAAUUUCAUGUAGGUAUCUAGACUUCUCUGCUGCAGUGCUUGUUUUGGUGACAAUUGCAUGCUUCCUACAGGGAAAUUGCACACUCAUCAGUAUGUUGUUGAUAAUGCCAAGUUAUCUCUCUCUCUCUCUC